GUUUCCGGCCAUGGCGUUUUCAAUAGCCGCACCCUCUAAGUUGUUCAGGAUCCAUGAGGUCUACCCUUUCGCCCGCGGGGGGUUUUUACGCGUGUUUUUCGGAGUGGAAGCUCGAAGGCAAGUUUUUCACUAUCUGACCCUGAAUCGCUAGCGUACUGCUUGACGCUUCUAUACUUAGAAAAUGGCGAGCUCAUAUACCCACACAAAGGGAUUAGAAAACGGGGACACAGAGCCGCCAAAAUGAGGGUUCGUAUUUCAUCACUAUAUAAUUCACCUAGUUAAUUUUGACGGAAGUAGAUACCUGUGCCCUUGCAUAAAAAUUAGUGUAGCGGUAAAUAUAUAAUAAUUAUAAUAUUGUAAAUUAUAAGAGAUAUAGGGUAAAUAAGACUGACACACAGCCUCGACUCAUAGUCAAAAUAUUUCAAAUCAGAAAAAUGAAUGAAUUUAACGUAAUAUAUUUAUAUAUUUUAUUUUUGUUUAUCAAAUCCCGAAUUUUAUCGGGCUCGGAACCGUUUUACUCUCGUAGUAUUCUGUAUUAUCUAGUUCUACUUUGCAGACUGGUUAGAAAAUAUUUAAAUAGGAGGUCCACUUACAUUUUAUUUACUGUGGUUUCUUCCUCAAAGAUAAAAUUUUUCUUCCAAGAAUGUAAAAAUAUCUAAGCGAAACCGUUGGGUUUUUAUUGUUGAGCGCCAAUUAAUCUUGUUGAUAUUCCCCCAGUGCACUAUGGUCCAAAAGCCCAAAUUUUUGGCAUAAAUGAUAUUUUUUUUUGUGAAAUAAUUUAUUUUUGUUUAAUUUUUUGGUUUCUAUAAUACUGAAAUGAUAUAAAAAAAUUUUGGAAAGAUUUUUUCGGAGUGCCCCUAAUCUUCCGCGCGCUUUUAAAGUCAGCUGUUCAGUGUCGUUAUGUUUUGGCCAAAAAACGCGGGAAAAUUUUCAUAACUUGCAGCUAGUGAAUCAAUUAAAGCGAACAUUCAAAGCUAAACAAAGGUCAAGGUAUGUAAAUUUAUAAUUUCUAAACUUUUUACUAUAUUUAUACAUGUUUGUGUUGUUUUUUCCAAUGUGUUGCAAGUGUGUUGUUCUAGGUUAUUCUAACAAAAGUACACGUGUUCUGUUAAAGUUUUCUUUUAAGUGCCUCCAAGUGCCUUGAAGGUGUUUAUGAGUUUUCUCAUGCAGCGCUCCUCGAAGUUUGGGAGGAGAGCAACCGGAAAGACGACUCUGUUAGAGGUUUUGUUAUAAAACGAAUAACAGAAAGCGACAGGAUUGACUUUUUGAAGAGCAUAUGGGGAAAAUACUAAAUAAAGUUAAGUAUUUCAUUAACUAUGUUAAGAGAAACUUACCGAAAUGCAAUCGUAUGUUAGGGCGUUUUAAAUCAGUUCACUCACGAUGGCUUGGUUCAAAAAUGGUUAUACGCAUUGAUAAGCAACCAGUCACUUUGAAAACUGGAAGAAAAAAGUCGAAUUAUGAAGAUGCAGGACCUCGUCUUAAAAGAAAAUUAGCAUCUGAGCUGGCUUCAGAAGAAGCUCAUUCAACUUCUCUCCUUUUACACGCUGCCUCAGUUUCAGCAAAAAAGUCUAAGGAACCAGAAAUCGCCUUUUUAUUAAAGAAAGCUAAAAGCAGUGAAGACAUAAAUGAUUUAAAAAAAAAACUUAAUAUGAAUGAGCCGAUUCCAAUAAGUCCUGAUAGUGCACUGGCAUUUUUUAUUGAAAAUGGAUUUACAAAGCAGCAAUAUUUGAAUAUAAGAGCACUAAAUAAGCAACAAGGAUGUGAUAUUUUCCCUUCAUAUAAUCAAAUCGCCGAAUCCAAAUUGAAAUGCAGACCACUGGAAAUUAAAAUCUGUGAAACGAGAGCGGAAGUCUCAUUCCAAAAUUUGCUAGAUCAUACAGCUCACCGCAUACUUGAAAUGCAACAGGAAGUUUUUGAUAUUUGGCCAGAUGCAACAGAAUGCACUUUAAUUGUGAGCUAUGGGUUCGAUGGGUCUACUGGACACAGCACAUAUAAGCAAAGAUUUCAAUUGAAUGAAUCUGUUGGCUUAGAUGAUUCGCUUUUUGUCACCACUGUUAUACCGUUAAAGCUAAUAGAUCAGCAUCAUCGGGUUAUUUGGAUUAAUAGGACUCCACAGUCAGUGAGAUUUUGUCGACCUUUGAAAAUUGAGUUCGUGAAGGAAAGUACUGCACUGAUUUUAAAAGAGAAAAAAAAUCUGGACGUGGAAAUAGAAAACCUAAACGUAUUAUCUUAAAGCUACAAAAGCAAUAUAAUAACUGUAAAAUACCAAACUCAUAUGACUUUAAUCGAUGGUAAGGUCUUAAGCAUUGUAACCGGAACCAAUUCGUGCCAAUCAUGUCCGUUAUGUGGAGCAAAGCCUACUCAAUUGCUUAAAACAACUGAUUUUAACUCGCCGAUUUUUAAUGUGAAAUCAGAAAAUUUAAAAUAUGGGGUGAGUCCGCUACAUGCAUGGAUACGGUUUAUGGAGUUUCCUCUUCGAAUUUCCUAUAGAAAUGGCACGUUAAAGGAGAUGAAAAGCUUAAAGUAUCCUUGCGUAAAAAAAGUAUUCAAGAGAAGUUCUGGAUUGAGCUUGGCCUUAAUGUAGAUACACCAAAACAAAAUGGAAGCGGUAAUAGCAAUGACGGAAAUACCGCAAGACGGGCAUUCUCAAAUAGUCUACAAUUUUCGGCUAUCUUGGAUUUGGAUUAUAAACUCAUGUAUAAUUUUUAUAUUAUUUUAAAAGCAAUUUCUUCUGAGCAUAUUAUUGACUCCGAAAAAUUUAAAUAUUUGUGUAACAAUACUUUUAAUUUAUAUAUGAAACUGUAUUCUUGAUAUCCAAUGUCCCCAACCGUACAUAAAAUAUUGGUACAUGGACAUCAAAUUAUAACCCAU